AUGGCUGCCUCCGCACACAGCAGCUGCGUGUGGAUGCUGGUUCUGGGCGCCUGUGUUUCGCUGGUGGUUGGAUCGGACUGCGGGAAGGAAUGUGCACUGUGUGUGUACCGUCUGCUGGGACAGCAGUCUGGUUUCUCCUCCAUGACAUGCUCACUUGAGUGUGACGGUGGGUUGGACAGUCAGAAGCUUCGCCUGUGCCGGGAAGUCUUAUUGGAGGAAAACCACAUUCCUCUGGACGAGGACCCCCGUCAACAGCAAGAACAGGAAGCAGCGAGCACCAUCACGGCUGACGAUGAGGACGCAACAUCACCUGAACACAGGCUGGCCAAGAAGUACGGCGGCUUCAUGAAGCGCUACGGUGGCUUCAUGUCUCGUCGCUCCUCUUCGCCAGAGGGGGCAGCAGAGGAUGCUGAAAACCAGGACGAGGAAGAAAAUGUCCGUCUGGAGAUCCUAAAGAUCCUAAAUGCAGCAGCUGAGCACAACAGCGAUGGGAGCGAGGCAGUGAAGAGGUACGGAGGCUUCAUGCGUCGGGCUGAAGGAGGGGUGGCACAGAGCGACCUGCUGGAGGCGGUGUUGGGUCGUGGUCUGAAGAAGCGCUAUGGAGGGUUCAUGAGGCGUGUGGGCAGGCCUGAGUGGCUGGUGGACAGUAGCAAGAGUGGGGGGGUGUUGAAACGUGCAUGGGAGAAUGGCAACGAGCUACAGAAGAGGUAUGGGGGGUUCAUGGACUAG